UUACUUCCCGUCAAAAAACAUUAUUUUCCAUUACUAUUUCGUUUGUGGGACCCACUUAUUUAACUCCUUCCACUUUCUUCUUUUUCUCUCUCCACGAACCUCCUCAUAGCAGCCCCAUCCCAAACUCCCAACCAUUCUCCGGCAACACCACCCGCUCUACGGCUACUCCCCACCACGCAAUCAUCAACACCGAUCAUUACUACUAAUAAGCUAAGAAUCUCAGCAAUUUGAUUAAUUGAAGAAAUCGUGGCCUCAAAUUGAAAUAAUUGAGCAAAGGGUUAUCGAUUUGGGCUAAAAUUGGAGCUUGCGGUUCUGGAUUAUGGGAUAGCGGCGUUGCUCAGUAGCGCGGCGGCGUGGUGCUUCUCGGUGCAGAGUGGUGCGACGGUGGCUGGUUGAUUUGGUGCGAUUAUUGGUGUUGGGCUGCCGGCUGAUUGUUUCUGUUGGUGUGCGGCAGUCCGGUGGUGGUUGUUACCGGCUGCUAUGGCCGAACAGGGGUGAGAUGGGGCUGCUGUGGUCAGUGUUGUGAGAUGGUGAUUUGAGGUUUAGUUGGUGGUAGUGGAAGAUGCGGCUGGCGAUGUUGGCGGCUACUGUUGGUGGGGCGAAUCCGCGAAUGGUGAGAGUUAUGCUGCUAUGCGAUGACAGAGGUGGUGUGUGGACUGGUGCAAGGUGGAGUAGUUGGUAGGGGAAGCUGCAACGUGAUGUUGCUGUUGGUUUUGUGGGGUGGCUGUGUGCAGGGAGCAGGGGAGUUAUUGGUGGAUUUGGGCGGCUGCUCUAUACUUUUUGGUUUUAGGUGGUAGCAAAAGUGAUAUAGGAAUGUUUUGGUGGUAGCAAAAUUCAAAUUUCCUAAAUUAUAUACUUCGUAUAAUAUUUCCCAAUAAAAAAGGGAAAAUUUAUCAAAUAGCCCUACGUGUUUGAUAUCCUGCCUCCUAAGAAGACGACAUACUUGCAGUAACUCAUUCAUCAAUCCUCCGCUCCUUGUUGUGGCGACAAUUUUGAUCUCCUCUAAGAGAUUAAUAGAUCCGAAGUGCAGUGGUUUAACCCUCUGAUACUUAGCCUCUAAUGCCCUGGAGAUUCUGUGGUUUAUUGCAUCAGUUUGAGUUUUUUGUUACUGUGUGUUGACAGACAGGGUGUUGCAAUAUGAUGGGCACAUUAUCAAUAUUACCACUUCCAGCUCCACCAGAAGAUGGGGAUCUUGGCCCAACCCCACUUGCUCAGUUGCCUCCUGACGAUGAGAUGAAAGAAGCAGAAGAUCAAAACAAAGCUAGCAACGUGAGUUCAGUGCCAACGCAUACAACACCCAUUGGAAUUAUCCACCCCCCACCGGAUAUUAGAAACAUUGUUGAUAAGACAUCUCAAUUCGUGGCAAAGAAUGGGCCCGAGUUUGAGAAGAGGAUUAUUGCCAGUAAUGCAGGGAAUGUGAAAUUUAAUUUUCUUAAUGCUUCAGAUCCUUACCAUGCUUAUUAUCAACAUCGGUUGUCGGAGUUCAGAGCACAAAAUCAAUCUUCAGGUCAACAACCGCUUUCUCAGCCUGGUGAUACGAUGGCCUCGGAGGCUGAGUCUGGUGUCCUUGCCGAUGAUGUAGCUGCUGCAGAUGAGAAGCCUGAUCCUUCUGCGCAAUUCAGACCUGUUCGUAAGGUACUUGAGCCUCCAGAAGCUGAACAAUAUACUGUAAGGCUGCCAGAGGGGAUUACAGGGGAGGAAUUGGAUAUUAUUAAGCUUACUGCACAAUUUGUUGCUCGAAACGGAAAAUCCUUUUUGACAGGUCUUACUAGUCGAGAGAUGAACAACCCCCAAUUCCAUUUUUUGAAGCCUACACAUAGCAUGUUUAUGUUUUUCACUGCCCUUGCUGAUGCCUAUUCUAAGGUUCUGAUGCCUCCAAAAGGCUUGACUGAAAAGCUAAGGAAGAGUAUUGCUGACCGGACAACAGUCCUUGAGCGGUGUUUGCAUAGGCUUGAAUGGGAAAAUUCGCAGGAGCAAGCUAGGCAGAAAGCUGAAGAUGAAAUUGAGCAAGAAAGAAUUCAAAUGGCUAUGAUUGAUUGGCAUGAUUUUGUUGUGGUUGAAUCAAUUGACUUUGCAGAUGAUGAAGAUGAGGCACUGCCUAUGCCAAUGACUCUUGAAGAAGUUAUAAGGAGAAGCAAGGUUUCAACGAAGGAUGGGGAUGAAGAGGAAAUUGUUGAGCCAGGAAAGGAGGUAGCGAUGGAAAUGGAUGAGGAAGAGAUGCAGCUUCUUCAAGAGGGUAUGACAGGUGCUACCCUUGAGGAAAAUGGUGAGGAAAAGAAGGAUGAGGUUAAGGCUGAUAUGGAUGAAGAUGAUCCUCCAAUGAGAAUUGUGAAGAACUGGAAGCGACCUGAAGAGAGAAUUGCUGCUGAAAGAGACCCAACAAAGUAUGUGGUUUCUCCAAUUACCGGUGAACUGAUUACCAUAAGUGAGAUGUCAGAACAUAUGAGGAUUUCUCUAAUUGAUCCAAAAUACAAGGAGCAAAAGGAGAGGAUGUUUGCCAAGAUUCGAGAGACAACCCUUGCUCAUGAUGAUGAAAUUUCCAGAAACAUUGUGGGACUUGCUCGUACUCGUCCAGAUAUAUUUGGUACUACAGAAGAAGAAGUAUCUAAUGCCGUCAAAGCUGAGAUAGAGAAGAAAAAGGAUGAGCAGCCUAAGCAAGUCAUAUGGGAUGGUCAUACAGGGAGCAUUGGUCGCACUGCAAAUCAGGCCAUGUCGCAGAGUAUGGGUGGUGAGGAUCAAAGUGAGAUCAAUUACAAUGAUGGGAGGUCUCUCCCUGGUCCAGCUGCUCCUCCUCCACCAAGACCCAGUGUUCCUAUGCUUCGUCCACUUCCUCCCCCAGCUAAUUUAUCUGUGAACAUGCCACGUGUACCAACCAGCAAUAUUCAGUAUUCUACUCCAACCUCUGGUGGGCUUAUGGCACCACCCCCACCUCGUCCUAUGUACACCUUAAGCCAAAUGGGUCCUCCGCCACCUCCUAUGCAAAUGCCUCCUGGACAGCAGCAUAUGAUGAUGAAUCGCCCACCAAUGCCUCCAGCUGGGUCCAUGAACGAACCUGGCAUGCCAGUACCUCCUGCACCUGGAUCUCAAUUUACCCCGCUUGGUGUUCACCGGUCCUUUACACCUGUUCCACAACAUGGUAUGCCUGCUCCACCAAUGCCUCAAGGAAUGCCGCCUCCACCCCCACCACCAGAGGAAGCUCCUCCUCCACUUCCUGAGGAACCAGAGCCCAAGAGACAGAAGUUGGAUGACUCUGCAUUGAUUCCGGAAGAGCAGUUCCUUGCUCAACAUGCGGGACCUGUCAGGAUCAACAUAUCUGUUCCCAAUGUUGAUGAAGGGAACCUCAAGGGACAAGUUUUGGAAAUUGUCAUGUCCUUGAAUGAAACUGUUGGUAGUCUGAAAGAAAAAGUAUCUGGGGAAAUUCAACUUCCAGCAAACAAACAGAAAUUGAGUGGGAAGGCCGGUUUUCUCAAGGAUAAUCUCAAACUUGCUUAUUACAAUAUUGGAGAUGGAGAGACCUUGACUCUUUCUUUGAGGGAGCGUGGUGGCAGAAAGAGAUGAACAAAUCACCUAGAGAACCCAACGAAAGGCCCUUGUUGGAGUACUUCCUAAGAAUUUUUCUAUAUAAUCCUGUUCGGUCCAUGAAUAUUUCUUUUCAGAUGAUAUCUUGAAUUUUUUGUGCCCAUGUAUCUUAAGUUCAGCCUUGCAACUUCUUUAUUGUUGUUACUAAUCUGAUUCUAUUUGCCUUUGCAGCUCA